AUGAAAAAAGAAAACUGGAUUCAGGAAAGUUUAAUUCCUGAAUCACUUCCGAAUGGUAUGCUUCGGAUUCAUUUAGAUAAUGAAGAUCGGAUUCUAGGUUAUGGUUCAGGAAGGAUUCAACGUAGUUUUAUACGUAUACCAACGGAAGAUAGAGUAAAAAUUGAAAGAAGUCAUUAUGAUUCAACCAAAGGGCAUAUAGUUUCUAGACUCCGAAACAAGGAUUCAAACGAUUAG